UUACAUUUUACAGCCGCUGUGAUAUGAGCUAUGUAGUUGCUUCUUACGCCAGAUCUUAGCAAAUGGAUUUAUGUUAUGUUAUCCUUCGCAUAAUCUUAUUUAGGGAAGUGCACAUUUUCAAGCAAGUCAAUCACAGAGUCGUUCCGUGUUAUGAGUAAACAACAAAAUGUACGGAAAGUUGUGUUUAAAGGUCAGCCAAGUCCUAGAAACCUUUUGGAAUUCAAAUCACACCAAGUUGAUCCACCCGACCAGGUUUGGAGUAACAACAGCAAAAGAAAAAUAUCCCACCAUAGACUAGAUAGGACAAUACAUUUGAAUAAUUCUUAUCAUUUCCAAAGUAAUAGACCGCCUUUGCUUGAAACUCCAUCAUCCUCUAGUAUCAGGCCACAGAUCGCCAAUCUUGGAGGGCUUAAAUACAGACAGGAAGAUGUUUCAGUUGGUAAUAGUAUAGAUGGAAAACGCUCAAAUAAGAAGCAAAAAAACGUUCAGAAACCUGUUUUUCCAAGUCAUUUUGUCAGAGAUUCUCCACAAUACAAUGCUUCUUUUUCGUGUAAGUCUGUUUCCAAUGAUCCUGAAUUUCAUCAUUACACAGAAAAAAAUAGAAUCGUCCAUUUGUUAUAUGACAAUCAAUCGUUUGAUAGCAUACCAAAGAGAAGUUAUGAGGCAAGUCCUGAAACAUGUAAAAGCAAAGGGCAAGGAUCUGACUAUAAAUCUACAAUCCACCAUAAAGCGAAAGGAGACCACCAAAGUCGGACUUAUUCCAAACAUCCAGUUCAUAAUUUAAAAUUUGCAAGUGUUAUUCAAGAUGCAAAGCAGGAUAGUAAGAGCUCUGAUUUAGGAUCAGGUUCAUAUUAUGAUGAAAUCUCUGCAAACAAAAGAGACUUAUUAUCAGAUCAGCCAAUAACUUUUCACACCUUGAUUGAUAACAAGUCUUCUUGCUCCAUACCUAAAAAUAAAAACAGAAGUUCACCUGCUGCUGCUGUAUCUAAAGAGCCAAAGGCAAGUAUGAUAUUGACCCAAUUAGAAAGGCGUGAUGUAGAGAAUUUAAUUCCAAUACCCAAAUCCUCCACAACCACAUGUAUCAUGACAUCACAUGCAACAGUUGCAGAAAAAGAUUCCCAUAUUUCAGAAGACAGAUCCAAUCCCGCUUUACAACAACAAAUGAUACAGCAUCUGGAGCCACUAAACCAGCCGGCCCAGCCAGAUGUUCCAUUUCCAAACUACCCUACUCAGCAAAUUGGUGUGGACGCAAGCCACCAGAACUCCAGCCUACAAAACUAUUCUGUGCAUCAGCAUUCUUCAAUCCCUGCGCAGAGCAGUGUCCAGUAUAUCACAACUGCAGGAUCUUAUCCUAACACUCUCCAUAGUCCUGGUCCUCAAUUAAGCGAAUUCAUAAAUCCUUACCGCUGCCUUGUAACCCCUCAAUACCCGAUUCUUAAUUUAGCUGUUGCUGCAGACCCAUCUUUAAACCAUAAAAAUAAUUUUGUGAACUCUGCAACAACAGCUAGCACUGUUGAGGCCAUUCCUCCUGGUAAUGUUCAACCUGCUAGUGAAAAUUGCCAAGUAACAACAGAGACAAACUUUGGACAUGAAGAGAGUUCUGGCUCUGAAUACCACUCACCAUCCAAAUCUAACAAAAAAGAUGAUAAUUAUGAAGUAUCCAGAUGUAAAAGGAUGAGAAAAAAACGACCCUCAACUCCUAAAAGUCACAUGAAACUUAGUCAUCUGUUCAGUCUGAUUGAGAGCAUUCAUGAUAUCCAUCAACUAAAAGCUGCUUCAAACAUUGUGAGGGAAAUCAUCAGAGUGUUGCCUCUAAGGAAAGAUGCUUCCAUAUCUUGGGUUGACAAAGAGACCAUACUUCAUGCAAUCGAUGAACUGGGAGAGCACUUAGAUAAUUACAUCAAGUUGCAGUUACGCCAUUCAAUAUUACGCUAUGGAUUUCAAGUUAUCAAUCCCGACUUUGUUCCUGAUGUAACAAACACAAAAUGUGAAAUUGGUGAUGAUGAAUUUUCGAAUAAAUACAAGAUGUCCAGAGGAUUUGUUAAGGAAACAGACAGAGACUCAGAUAGUGGAUCUGAUUUGGAGCAGUCAAAGCGCUUGGUAGACAGUAAAUACUAUUCAUGUUGGAUCAGUAGGACGUAUCGCAGGAGUGUUAUAUGCAUGCAAAGGCUGUCUAUUGAAGCAAAAAGUGACAAAGGAAACCCGAUAUCCUUCAAAGGGUUCAAAUGGGGACAUGCCCUGCUAACUGCUGAUCUGGAAACUUCCUUUGUUGUGAGGCCAGAGAACAGAGUUACGUUGUAUCAGUGGCUUAAUAAAAGUAUGCCAUCAAAGCCACCAAAAAGGAAAUACGAAACCAAACCAGGACAAUCUGACCAUGUUAUCAUGAAAGUUAAUCUUACGAAACCUAAAUCUGGUCUGAAAGGUUUGCCCCAGAACCUAUGUGAAUGUGAGUUUUGGGAAUUUAAUGGAACAAAUAAGAAAUGCAGUGUAAGCUUCAAAUACCCAAAAGGAAUGAACAAGGUUACCGCAUUCCUGGCCGAGAACCAUCCACUGCAACCCGUUACAUUCGACAAAGAGAAACUAAAGGAAAUGAUAUUCGAUUGUGACUGAAAAGUUGGCUAGUAUGGUCCUGUGACACAACUACUCUGGAUGCCCGUUUACAUUUCUAAUGUUAAUUAUAGGGAACUUAUUUGUGUUAUAUUAAUAAUAUUGAUGAGAUUUCGAUUUUGAUUUCUUUUAUUAUUCAUUUUUUUAAAUUUUGUGAGUUGUCACCUUUAAAAUGAUCUUGUCUCUUCCUUUCUUAGUCUUAUUGUUUGAUUUUUUUUAAUUAGAUGAUCAUGCUUAUUCUUGCUCAAAACCUGAGCAAACAAAUAUACUGUAUUUUACACUCCCCCUACCUUGAAUUAAAAUGUUAGUUACAUCCUGCAAAAUCUCUGAUCGUAUCAUGCAUUAUCUACUAUCUUGGUUGAAAUUGUUUUCAAUAAUCCAGAUC